AUGGAGUCCGUCGUGGAGGCCCUUCUGUUCACAUUUAUUGACCCUCCAAAUGUUAAAAUAUUACCUCCAAGAUGGCUGAAAAUGCCUUCGCCGAUGCAAGUAUUCGCACUAGUGAUGAUGACUUAUUUUUUCGUGACUGGAGGUGUAAUCUAUGAUAUUAUUAAUGAACCUCCAAGCAUUGGACAAACUACCGAUGAGAGAGGCAAUGCGAAGCCAGUUGCUAUAAUGCAGUAUCGAGUUAAUGGGCAGUAUAUUAUGGAAGGCUUGGCCGCAAGCUUUAUGUUUUCUCUAGGCGGACUUGGUUUUAUUAUACUGGAUAGAUGCAACAAUCCCCUAACACCUAAGCUGGAUCGGAUAAUGAUGUUGGGACUGGGUUUCGCCUGUGUUAUUAUUGGUUUCUUGGCCACUCGGUUGUUUAUGAAAAUUAAGAUGCCAUCUUAUUUGCAAGGUAUUAUUGGCUAG